AUGUCGCGUUUUGUCUCUGGAGGUACCGUGGAUAAACCUACUGAGCGCGAUGAUGAGUGGUUGAAGGCGCAGGAACAGAUAGAAGCCGUACGAAGAAAAAAGGAGGACGAGAGCAGACAACACGAAGGGAAGAGCUUGUACGAGGUUCUUCAGGCUAAUAAAGAUGCGAAACAAGAGGCCUUUGAAGAGGCAGCCAAACUUAAGAACCAAUUCAGAUCACUAGAUCAGGAUGAAGUCGAAUUUCUGGACACCGUCAUGGAAACAACAAGGGCGAAAGAGGAUGCCGUGAGAAAGGAAACUGCCGAGCAGCUCGAGGCCUUCAGACGGCAGCAAGAGGAUACCGAGAAGGCUUCCCGCGAAGCUGCACCCGAAGCGAGCAAUCAAUCUGAAGGCGAUACUUGGGCUUUCAAUGCUCGCAAGCGCAAACGAAAUCGGGAAAAGGAAGCCAUUGCAGGCCUCAAAUUGCGAAAGACUUCUUCGUCUAUGGCACAGACGACUCCAGAUGCAGGAGUUGGAGCGAUAACAACAACAUCAGACGACAAGAAUGCACCUCCAUCAAGUCUCGCUCCUACACCUGCCGACCAGUCUGCGUCGGCCAAACAUGUGCAACCACCCGCCGCAGCCAUAGACAAGGCCGUAUUGGACAAGGUCGACAAGGCACCAGCGACCGCCGCUGCUUCAACAUCCCCGGCACCCGCUGCUGCACUGGGUCUCGCGGCCUACUCAUCCGACGACGACGACGAUUGA